AUGCCGUCUGCGGCCUUUCCAACACCCACUCCAGACGGGCUGGACGACUUACUCUACUUCUCCCGCACAGGAGACCUCGACGCUCUCAAAGAACUGGUCACGGACCUUUGUGCCACCCAUUCCUGUACCCCCUCCAUUAUCCUGGCCUCCGCCAUCGAUGUCGACCAAGAUGGCCUUGGAUCUCAGUCCUCCCUUCUCCACUACCCGGCCGCGAAUGGAAAUCUCGAUGUUAUACAUUACUUGAUCACACUCCUGAAACCCCCCAAAAUACUCGAAUGCAGCGUAGGGGCACCGACGGCAGACAAAUCCGCACUGCAGCUCGUCAAUCACAAAAAUGUCAGCGGUAAUACUCCACUACACUGGGCCGGGAUGAAUGGUCAUCUGGAGGUGGUCAAGGCAUUGAUUCGUGCCGGUGCGGAUCCGGGCAUUGUGAACGCCGCAGGGAGAGACGCCGUGGUGGAGAGCGAGCUUAGUGCUCAAGAAGGUGCCGCCAAAUGUGCAGAGUGGAUGUUGAAGAAUUGUGAAGGGUUAGAGAAAGGUGUUGGAGGGGGAAGAGAAGAGGAGGAACCGACUACUGAAGACAUGGCCGUUGAUGGAGAAAGUGGACAACCCACGCCCGGCGCGAGUAAACAAGAGACAUGA